AUGCCUAAUCCAAAGUUCAAUUCCAGAAGAUCAACCGUCUACUCCACAAAGGGAGUGGUAUCCUCCUCUCAACCUUUAGCCAAUGCAGCAGGUAUCAAGAUACUAGAAAAGGGCGGUAAUUCAAUUGAUGCUGCUGUCGCUGUUGCCGCAGCUUUAACAGUCACUGAAACACCAUCUACUGACUUGGGUGGUGAUGCUUAUGCUAUCUUCUACAAGGCUGAAGAUCAAAAAGUCUAUGGUUUGAAUGGUACUGGUAGAUCAGCUUCAAAAUUAUCUGUUGAUUACAUCAAGGAGAAUAAACCAGAAGAUAUUAUCAACAAUAGAUUGAGCUCUGAAUCUAUUUUCACUGUUAACGUCCCAGGUGUUGUUGCAGGAUGGUAUGAUGCGGUUGAAAAAUGGGGGUCUGGUAAAGUUACAUUUGCAGAAAUUUUACAACCAUCAAUUGAUUUAUGUGAAAAUGGGUAUCCAAUUUCUGAAAUCAGUGCACAUCUAGUCAAUAAUAGUGAAAAAAGAUUGAAAAAAGUUAAUGGUGAGAAAUCUGAAGAAUUUCAAAGUAAGCAAUUAGGCUUAUUUUUACCAAAUGAAGGUUUAACUGGCCCAAACCAAGGACAAUUGAUUAAGAAUCAAUACAAGGCUGAAACAUUCAAGCUGUUGGCUAAGCAUGGUAAAGAUGGGUUUUACAAAGGUGAAGUCGCUGAGUCUAUUGUCAAGGAAGUUCAGUCUCGUGGUGGUCUAAUCACUUUAGAAGAUCUGGCGAAUCAUACUUCAACAUUUGUUGAUCCAAUAUCAUAUGAGUUUUUAGGUAAGAAACUAUGGGAAAUUCCACCAAAUGGUUCCGGUAUUAUUGCAUUAUUAUCUUUAGGUAUGAUCAAAACUCUAGCUGAAAAAGGUGAUAUCAACUUAUCAGAAUUGAAACAUAAUUCUGUGGAGUAUCUACAUUUAGUCAUUGAGACAUUGAAAUUGAGUUUCAAAGAUAGUGAAGAAUAUGUUAGUGAUUCAGAUCAUUUACUCAAGAAAUUCGGGAUUGAUCAAAAUGAAACAAUUGAACAAUUGCUUUCACCAAAAUAUUUCGAAGAACGUUCAAAAUCUUUCAAAACUGAUUCUGUGUUGAACAAUGAAGAUUUACAAGUUGGUGAAAUUCCAAAUCGUAUUUUCAAAUCUGAUACAGUUUAUUUCACAGUCACUGAUAGUGAAGGUAAUGCUGCCUCAUUUAUCAAUUCAGUGUUUAUGAAUUAUGGUAGUGGUAUUUUGGUUCCUGAAAGAGGUUUCUUUUUACAAAAUAGAGGUGCCAACUUCAGUUUGAACUCUAAUAGCAAAAAUCUUCUUGAAGGUGGUAAAAGAAGUUAUCACACAAUCAUUCCAGGUUUAAUUACAACUCCAUUGGGUGAUGGUAAGGAGGAAUUAUAUGCAAGUUAUGGUAUUAUGGGUGGAUAUAAUCAGCCUCAAGCUCAUGUACAAGUUUACCUAAACUUGUUGUUAUUUGGAUUAGAUCCACAAGAAGCUUUAGAUGCACCAAGAAUUACUCUAUUGCCACACCCUGACCUUGGACACACUGAUAAAGGACAUGGUGCACAUGGUCCAGUUAGUAGAGCUGUCACUGAGGUUAAUUUAGAAGAAGGUAUUGACCCUGAAGUUGUUGAAGGGUUGAGAAAAUUGGGUCAUCAUGUCAAAGUCAUUAAAGGCUAUGAAAGAAAAGCAUUUGGUAGAGGUCAAAUUAUCAGAAAAGAACCUGGUGAAGGUUUGAUCUAUUCAGCUGGUUCUGAUCAACGUGCAGAUGGUGCAGCUGUUCCAUUACUAUAA